AAGUGGUGGUUUCCUUCUUCAAACUUCCCCACUCCGUCUCCAUUUCCGUCGAUUGACCCCUACAGUUGGAGAAGCAACAAUAAUGGAAGCGGUGGUUCAAGACGUAGUGAUUGUUGGAGCUGGGAUUGCAGGCCUCACAACCUCCUUGGGGCUUCACAGAUUGGGAGUUCGGAGCUUGGUACUGGAGUCUUCGGAAAGUUUAAGAACAACAGGGUUCGCGCUUGCCAUUUGGACCAACGCUUGGAGGGCGCUGGAUGCCGUCGGCGUUAGCGACUCCCUUCGCCAGCUUCACACCAAGACCAAAGGAAUUAUUACUUCGUCUACAGUCACAGGGCUUCCCACUUCAGAAAGGUCAUUUAAUGCAAACCAUGAAGUCCGAUGUGUGAAAAGAAAGUUGUUGUUGGAAGCCCUUGCAAGAGAGCUCCCAAGUGGCACCAUUAGGUACUCCUCCAAAGUGGUUUGUAUUGAGGAGACAGGCUACUUAAAGUUGGUGCACCUUGCAGAUGGGACUGUCAUCAAAUCAAAGGUGUUGAUUGGAUCUGAAGGAGUGAAUUCUGUAGUGGCAAAUUGGCUUGACUUCAAGAAGCCUCCCUUUGAUGGCCGAGCUGUCAUUAGGGGCUGUGCAGAGUUCAAAAGCAGUCACGGCUUUGAGCCAAAACUCAUGCAGUUCUUUGGAAACGGAAUUCGAUGUGGUUGCAUACCUUGUGAUGAUUACUCUGUGUAUUUCUUUUUCACCUUUGUCCGAUCCAGCCAAGACAAGGAGGUGGAAGAGAACCCAGCAAAGAUGAAGGAAUUUAUUUUAAGCAAGCUUGGGAAGUCAGAUGACCAUAUGAGGGUUACCGUAGAGAAGACUGAACUGGAUAGUAUCAUGUGCUCUCCUCUAAGAUUCAGACCUCCAUGGCAGCUACUGUGGGGAAACAUCAGCAAAGGCAAUGUUUGUGUAGCUGGGGACGCUCUCCACCCAAUGACACCGGAUAUUGGCCAAGGCGGGUGCGCAGCACUGGAAGAUGGCAUUGUGCUGGCAAGGUGUCUAGCUGAAGCCUUGUUGCAAAAACCAGCUGUUGCAUCCAAAGAGAAACCUGAGAAAGAGGAAUUUAGGAGGAUUGAGAUGGGGCUGAAGAAGUAUGCCCAACAGAGGAGAUGGAGAAGCUUUGAGCUGAUUGCUACAGCUUCUCUGUUCGGGUGCAUACAGCAGAGUAAUGGGCCUGUGAUGAGGUUCUUGAGAGAGAAAGUUUUAGCUGUAUUCCUGAGUUGGUUGCUAUUGAAGAGGGCUAGUUUUGACUGUGGCCAGCUGAGUAAGUCUUGAUGCAAUCACUUCAUUUACUUGUUUCAAAGUAACAUUUCAAGCUCUCAUUUCCUUUCUCUAUGAAUCCUCGGAUGUGCUAAAAUGGACCAUAAAUUGCCCCCUUUGGUUGGUUGUCUCUGAGAGUAUCUUCUAGUGGUGUUAUGUUGUAAUUUAUGUGUUUUUGUUAGUUUGGUGUAAUUGUUUAACUAUAUAUUGUUAGAUUUCCCAUGAAAUAAGUAGGUGUUGAGAAUUUUAGUGCCAUGUGAUGUUAGUCACUUACCUUUUAUUUGAUCUUUUAUCAAUUGAAAAGUAUAGCAUUUCAUAGCUGGCACUAUUUUUGAAUAGGGCAAUCCUAAUGUGUAAGUCUUGUCAAUUUAUAAAGAUCAGGCAAGAAUCACAUUUGUACUCGA